UCUCCCCCCCUUCAGCGUUCAGCCAUGGAGCUGUAACCGAUCUUUUUUUUUUGAAAUAUUUUUUGAAGAUAACGAAAAUAACGGAAACUCCUGAAAGGACAGGCUUGCAGAAGCGGCAGAAUCCAAACGCAGGAGCAUUAGCCUACCUGCAGCUAUGUCAGUAGAAAACAGUACGGAUGAGUCCAUGGACCCACAGGAGCCUGCGGCGCCGGAGCAGGACCCGGCUCCCAAUCUGACUUCUGAGGCUGCAGAGCUGAACUCGCAGCCACCGGAGGGACCAGCGUCUGCAGAUCCUGCUCCAGCCCCUGCACCUCCACCGGCGGCAAACUCUGCGCACAAGAUCAUGACCUUCAGACCAACCAUGGAGGAAUUCCAGGACUUUGAGAAGUAUAUUACAUACAUGGAGUCCCAGGGAGCUCACCGCACCGGCCUGGCCAAGGUUAUUCCUCCUAAAGAGUGGAAGCCCAGACGGUCCUAUGAGACGAUCGAGGAGAUGGUCAUUCCAGCCCCCAUCAUGCAGGUGGUCACUGGCCAGUCUGGUCUUUUCACCCAGUACAACAUCCAGAAGAAAUCCAUGACCGUUGGCGAAUACAGAAAACUGGCCAACAGCAAAAAGUACUGCACUCCUCAGCAUAAAGACUUCGAUGACCUCGAGAGAAAAUACUGGAAAAAUCUGACAUUCGUGUCUCCGAUCUACGGUGCAGACAUUAGUGGAUCCCUCUAUGAUCCGGACAUUUCAGAGUGGAACAUUGGUCAUCUGAACACACUCCUCGACAUGGUAGAGCAGGAGUGUGGCAUCAUCAUCGAGGGUGUAAACACACCCUAUCUGUAUUUCGGCAUGUGGAAGACCACCUUCGCCUGGCACACAGAGGACAUGGACCUCUACAGCGUCAACUACCUUCACUUCGGACAGCCCAAGUCUUGGUAUGCCAUCCCUCCUGAACACGGAAAGAGGCUGGAAAGACUCGCACAAGGGUUUUUCCCGGGUAGCUCUCAGGGCUGUGAUGCUUUUCUUCGUCACAAGAUGACCCUCAUCUCUCCCUCCAUUCUGAAGAAGUACAGCAUCCCCUUUGACAGGAUCACUCAGGAGGCGGGUGAGUUUAUGGUCACGUUCCCGUACGGCUACCACGCCGGCUUCAACCACGGCUUCAACUGCGCCGAGUCCACUAACUUCGCCACGCUGCGCUGGAUCGACUACGGAAAAAUGGCCACACAGUGCACGUGUCGUAAGGACAUGGUGAAGAUUUCUAUGGAUGUUUUCGUUCGCUGCCUGCAGCCUGACCGCUACGAGCUGUGGAAGCAGGGAAAGGACACGACUGUGCUGGACCACCAGAAGCCCACCAAUCUCACCAGCCCUGAGCUGGAGCACUGGAGGAAGAACCGGGUCACCUUCAGGGAGAAAAUGUUCCGCAGAGCUCAGCAGAAAGUAAAGCAGCUGCGCAGGCUGAAACUGGAGGAGCUGAAGGUGCUGGCCGAGGAGGGCAUCGAGCUGGACGUGGCUGACUAUCAGCGGCGUGUGGAGGAGAAGGAGGCAGAGAGGAGGAAGCUGAAGGAGGAGAAGAUGGCCAGGGAGGCGAUGAAGACCCUGGAGGCUCUGGAAAGAGAGGAGCAGGAGGCAGCGUUGCGAGGAGAGGCUGAUGCCCAGCAGCUUACGCAGGCGGAUGUAAAGAAGGAAGAAGAAAAGGAAGGAGAGAAGGAAGAAAAGAAGAAGAAAAAGAAGAAGAAGCCGCUGCCACCCGAGCAGGUGACUUUCCAGCAAGCCUUCGAGCAGUUUGCUGCGUCCAGGGCGGUCGAGGGACAGAAUAACGGAAACGCGGUCUCGGAUCCAGGCCUACAGACUAACUCAUUCCCGAAGAUGAAGAUGAAGGUGGAGGUGAAAAAGAGUCGCAGGCAUCCGUUCAGCAAACCGCCCACGCGCACCCCGCUCUUCAUUGUCAAACAGGAGGCAUCCAGCGAUGAGGAGCUGUACUCAGGGCUGCCAGUCGGGGACGGUGUGGAGCAGGAAGCAAAGAAGCCGGAGGAGGGACUUCUGUGGCAGAAUCGCUCGCCCAACUUCUUGGCAGAGAAGCAGUUCAAUGCUGCCAUGGCGACCAUCGAGCCUCACUGCGCCGUCUGCAUGCUGUUCUGUCCGUACUCGCAGCCUCAUAAGGAGCCCCCAACUGGUACCGUGUCUCUUUGUGGAACUCGGACCCGGCCGUUGGUUCCUGAGAUGUGCUUUAGCGCCGGAGCGGAGAACACAGAGCCACUGCCCUCCAGCGCCCGCAUCGGAGAGGACGGCACCAGCAUCCUGCUGGCCUGCACCAGCUGCAACCUGCAGGUCCAUGCCAGUUGCUAUGGCGUCAAGCCAGACACUAAGCAAGAGGGUUGGAUGUGUUCUCGGUGUACUGCAGUGGCCUGGACAGCGGCCUGCUGUUUGUGUAACCUCAGAGGAGGUGCGCUGAAGAUGACGACGGACGACAGGUGGGUGCACGUUAUUUGCGCCAUCGCAGUGGCUGAGGCACGAUUCGUCAACGCCGUGGAGAGAGAACCUGUGGAUGUGAUGGCCAUCCCGGAUACCAGGAAGAGUCUGAAGUGCAUCUACUGCCAUAAGACCACAAAGCAGAUCUGCGGAGCGUGUAUCCAGUGUUCAUAUGAGAACUGCUCCACCUCCUUCCACGUCACCUGUGCCCACCUGGGUGGAGUGGUCAUGAAGCCUGCUGAUUGGCCAUAUGUGGUGUCCGUCACGUGUCACAAGCACAGGCAGAUCGUUCCGAAGGUGAAAGUGGGCCCGCGUGACCUCUCUCUGGGACAGGAGGCCAUCGGCCGCAACAGCGACGGCUGGUUUUAUCGCUGCACCAUCAUCGGAGUCGCCUCCCAGACCUUCUACGAGGUCAACUUUGACGAUGGCUCGUACUGCGACAACAUCUACCCCGAGAACAUACUGAGUCAUGACUGUUUGCGUAACGGUCCUCCUGAACUGGGCGAGUUGGUGGUUGUAAACACGAUAGACGGGCGUGUUCUCAACGCUUCCUUCGUCAAGGAGCAUGUGCAUCGAUUUUACCAGGUGGAGUUUCAGGAUGAGUCUCAGCUGUUGCUGAAGCAGAGUGAGAUUCACUCUCUGAACCAGGAGCUGCCCAAGAGAGUGAUGACUCGUCUGGCAUCGGUGAACACUCAGGACCCUCAAGCUCAAACUCCUGACGGGCCUCAAGCUGCAAAGCGUCCAAGGCUGCCCACUCCGCCCUCCACGGCCACUACAGAGUCACUGCAAUCCGCCAUCUCCUCCUAUUCAGGCCUCAGUAUUACCCCCAGCAUCAGCACCAGCACUUCUGCCCCUCCUGGCCCCAUGGCUACCCCUACUGACCCCAUGGUUGCCCCUGUAGCUGUCCCUCCUGCCCCUCAGACUGAGGCUGGCGAGCGCUACACACACAGCUCCAGCUACAUUGCCUACAUGGAGUCUCUCCUCAACUCGGACUUUCCCCCAGACGAGGGCGAACGCGGGCCGCAGCCCAUGUUUUAGCUUGGACGCUCCGCUGGCCCUGCUGGCCGUUCCUCCGCAUAUAAAGACUCUGAGGACGUCCCGUUACUGCAUGUUUUCUCUUUCUCUAGCUCUCUUUUGUUUCCUUGCUAUUUUACUCUCUUCGUAGCCGUCACAAAGCCUCACAGCCAGCAUGGGAGUGUAUUUCACAAAGUGUAGCUCAGGUGACCAGAUAACUUCAGAUUAAAGCUUUUAAGAGGAGAAAAUAAAUACUGAUAUUUCUACGUUUUGCAAUUGCGAUGCACCAAGUAAUGCAUCAAAAUCAGAAAUGUGGUAUAAUUAAAAAGCCUUUCCUGCAUAAUUUUAACAAAAAUAAUCCACAGAAACAGAUCCAGAGCUGAUCAGUGUCAUCAGAGCACCCAAAAAAGAGCAUUGUGAUUGGUUAGGUGCUCAUUUGCAUAUUCUUCUGCAGUAUAAGUAUUGCAAAACCUUAAAUUGUGACUAACUUUUUAUUCUAAUUAUGGUCAUUUUUGGCUCAGGUGGUUCAGCUAACCGAGAAGUCCAGCUUUGUGAGAUACCCCCGAGGUGGAGGUGUACACGUUUCGGCUCUUCGGGGCCGCUUCUCCCCGCUCCCCCCUCAUGCAUUAAGACUCCUUGCUCUCCUCUCUGAUCCCUCCUUCUUUUUAUCCUCCUCACUGAGGAAAAAAAAAAAAAACACCUUUUUUUGGACGGACUGAUCAUUUUACCGUACGUGCAGCAUACUUUAUACUGAAUUAUAUCGAUCCAGUUUGAAAUAUUUUUCUAACUCAAGCCAAAACGCACCCUGCUAAUCGGACUCGAUGCAAACGGACAGUCUGUUUUCUGUACAGUUUCAAAAAGGAUUUUUUUCUUUCUGUGUACGGAGGGGGGUCAACAGAAAGGGGGGUGGCUGGGAUAUGGGGGUUUAACACGAGUAUUUAAACGUCUUUGACACAUAUAGAUUUAUUAUUUGUAUAAAGCAAAUGGCAAUUAUGGCACCGUUAGAAGCUCCACUUCUGCCUGAGAGUUUGAUGUAGAAAUGCUGUGUUUAAAAUUAGUUAUAAACGUCUUCAUAAACUCCUGUAAACGCCUAUACGCGAAACGUUACAAUGUAUUUUCAGUGACAGGUGUCUGGGCUUGUUUUGUUUUUUUUUGUUUUUUGUAGCAGACUUCGUAAAAAACUAUUGUAGACUUGAUAUGAAUAAUUGUUCACUUUGUUCACGUUGUCCAUUUUUAUUAUGAUUACUGUCUUUUUGCUGUUAUUGUUUCUAUUUUUAUUUGAUUGGUGAAAUUCUUCAUGUGAAAUGAACAACAGGAUAGAUUUUUUUUUUUUGUCAGCUUGCGGUUUGUUUUGUUUUCUAGAGAACAGAGUUUGUCACAUAAGUAGAUUUGAACCCCACACAGUUGGCGUUAAGCGUGUUUCCGUGAUCGGCCUUCUCAAGGUGCUACAGACGUCCGAGACUACUGAGACGCAGCUGGUCACGUCACGUCACGUCACACGCACAGCGGUGUAAAUACCACAGACCUGCUAUCACACUCGGCUCUGCCUCACUCUGCCUCACUCUCACCUCUGUCUCUGAGGCACAAUUAAUGUGGAAGAAAACCACAGAAAGGAUGGCUUAGAAACCUCCUCAGCUUUCUUUCUUUCUUUCUUUCUUUCUUUCUUUCUUUCUUUCUUUCUUUCUUUCUUUCUUUCUUUUUCUGUUUCUUUUGUUUU